CAUAGUGUUUUACAUUACAUAAGAUACACAUAUUCAAGGGAAACCACACAGUGGAGCACAGCUAGUCCCAGGAUGGGCAGGAUCAUCUUCUACGAGGACAAGAACUUCCAGGGUCGCAGGUAUGAGUGCGACAGUGACUGCACCGACUUCCACUCCUACCUGAGUCACUGCAACUCGGCCCGUGUGGAGAGCGGGACCUGGGUGAUCUACGAGAGGCCGAACUACAUGGGCUACCAGUAUGUCCUGACCAGAGGCGAAUACCCCGACUACCAGAGCUGGAUUGGCCUCAACGACAGAGUCAGCUCCUGCAAGAUGAUUAAUUUCGCCAGCGGAGACCCUUACAAGAUUCAGCUCUAUGUUAAAGGGGACUUUUCCGGUCAGGUGUUUGAAGCGUCAGAAGACUGUCCCUCCGUGCUGGAGAAGUUCCGCUGCAGGGAGGUUCACUCCUGCAGGGUUCUGGGAGGCUUUUGGGUCUUCUAUGAGCACCCCAACUACAAGGGUCGCCAGUACCUGUUGGAGAAAGGCGAGUACCGCAAGCCGGUGGACUGGGGCGCCGUUUGCCCCACUGUACAGUCUUUUAGAAGGCUAACUGAGUAGACAUGUUCCUUUUUCUCACCUUUUCUUUGGCUGUUGAUUGGUUCACGGCUGACACCU